CUUGAAUACGGCUCACCAGUGAUUGUUUGCUGGGGGACAGCAAACACGUGGGCGUGUUGAUUAGUGAGCCCAAACGGCCCGUGCUAGGUGUGUAAGGCUGACCCUGGAUCAAGUCCUAUCCUGGUAAAGAUCUCCAUGGAACACAGCUGAUGCAAACCCUGGAGAACCAAUGACCGUUACAUGAACUUAUUAAUACAGUUAAGUGCGACCGUGUGUUGUCAUGCAUGAUGUUCACGAGUCGUGUUUUAGGCUGCUGUGAACUUUGUAAAAGGAUGAACCUCCUGAAACAGGUAAGAUCGUUGUUGCGCCCUGGCGAGCGAUGCCUCCACGCGCGCAGCAGCAGGUAUGCCUGUUGUUCGGUAUCUUCCAGUCACGCUGUUUCAAAUGAGCACUGCAAGACCGGGGUCAGCGGUUUCACUAGCAAACUAGCAGCGGGCCCCAGUUUUCGGGAUUUCGUUAAAAAUGUCGCAGCAGGAGAGAAAGUCGCACCCGACCUACAUGAAGAAGCGGAAGAAACGCACCCCUACCUCCCUGAAGACGCGCAGAUCGGAACUGGAAGAAAAGUUUAUUUUGAAACCUACGGGUGUCAGAUGAAUGUGAAUGACACGGAGAUCGCCUGGUCGAUUCUGCAGAAGAAAGGCUACCUGAGAACCAGCGACCUUGCUCAGGCAGAUGUGAUUCUUCUUGUAACAUGCUCUGUCAGGGAGAAGGCAGAGCAGACCAUCUGGAACAGGCUUCAGCAGCUGACUGCACUGAAGAGGAGGCGCCCCAGGUCUCAGACCCCACUCAAAAUAGGAAUUUUAGGGUGCAUGGCGGAGAGGCUGAAGAAGCAGCUACUGGAGCGGGAGAAGCUGGUGGACGUGCUGGCCGGGCCCGACGCGUACCGAGACCUCCCGCGACUCCUCUCCGUGUCGGAGAGCGGUCAGCAAGCCAUCAACGUUCUGCUGUCCCUGGAGGAGACCUACGCUGACGUCAUGCCCGUCCAGCUGCAGCCGCAGGGCAGGGCCGCCUUUGUCUCCAUCAUGCGAGGCUGUGAUAACAUGUGCAGCUACUGCAUCGUGCCCUUCACACGGGGCAGGGAGAGGAGCCGGCCCCUCGCUUCCAUCCUCCAGGAAGUCAGGAUGCUGUCGGAUCAGGGGGUGAAGGAGGUGACUCUUCUGGGUCAGAAUGUCAACAGCUACAGGGACACGUCUGAAGUGCAGUUCUGUUCCGCCGAGCCGACCCACAUGAGCAGGGGCUUCAGCAGCUUGUAUCGGGACAGGAAGGGGGGCUUGCGGUUCUCUGAGCUGCUGGAGAGGGUGUCCCGCAUUGACCCCGAUAUGAGGGUCCGCUUCACCUCCCCCCACCCCAAGGACUUCCCUGAUGAGGUGCUGCAGCUCAUCCAGGAGAGACACAACAUCUGCAAGCAGCUCCACAUCCCAGCCCAGAGCGGCAGCACUCGCAUCCUGCAGGCCAUGCGCAGGGGCUACACAAGAGAAGCUUACCUGGAACUUGUGGAUCACAUCCGGAGUGUUAUUCCAGAGGUGAGUCUGAGCAGUGAUUUUAUUGCUGGGUUCUGCGGAGAGACAGAGGAGGAUCACCUCCAGACUGUCUCCCUUCUCCGAGAGGUCCGGUACAAUGUGGGGUUCCUCUUCGCCUACAGCAUGAGAAAGAAGACCCACGCCUAUCACCGUCUCCAAGAUGACGUUCCAGGGGAGGUGAAACAGCGCCGCCUAGAGGAGCUGAUACGAGUGUUCAGAGAGGAGGCUGCCAGCCUGAACUUGGGGCUCGUCGGGAGCACUCAGCUUGUCCUAGUGGAGGGGGUAAGCAAGAGGUCCGCAGCGGAGCUCUCUGGAAGGAACGAUGGCAACGUCAAAGUGAUCUUCCCCGACCUGGAGGACCCCACAGGCUGCGCGUCCGGAGGCACUGCUGGGAUCAAACCAGGAGACUACGUGCGGGUCAAGGUCACGUCAGCCAGCUCUCAGAGCCUGAGGGGCGUUCCUCUUGGCCUCACCACCCUGAAGGCUUCGUCGGGAUGCACUCUGCAGGGUUCAGGAGACACAGGCUGAGAUAAACUGAGGCUGGAGUUAACUGUGUCACAACCUGAUCGCUCAGCCGGAACCAGCAGGACAGCAGCUAACCAGCAGGGUGUGGGAAGCUGGGAUUGCUUUUGUACAUGAUUGAUGGUUACAGUGGAGUUAUACUGGGCCAUAUUCACAAGCCAUUUGUCGCUGUACUAAGCUAACACCAGUUAUUUUCUAAAAUGAAAGCAAUUAUGU